AUGGAGCACCUUGAGAAUGAUUCCACUCCUGAGACAGAGACCUCUGCUGACCUUUGCUGUGCAAGCCUGCGAGAAAUAAAAGACAUGAAUCUGCCUGACAGGAUUCUCUGCAUUCCAAAAGCAGCAACAUUUCUGAUAUUACCAAUCCAAGUCUAUUUGUCUCUGUCUGUCGCAGCCCGUAGAACAACUGGUAUUUCAAUGCCAAUUCCAGUGUUUGGACUUCAAGAUGCCUCCAAGGUUUUCAAGAAUGACAGUUGUUCCCUGACAGAUGAACAUUUUGUCCUGGUGGGUUCCUUUGUGGCAUUCUUCAUUCCCCUCACAAUAAUGGUGGCCACGUACUUUUUGACAAUCAGGGUACUACAGCAGGAAGCCAUUUUGUGCUUGGAUGUUUUUAAACCCAAGCCCAAAUGGACGAACAUUCGGAUGUUUCUCCAGAAGGGCCCACUGGCGGCCAACUCCUCAGACAAAGCAGCCAUGUUAAAGAAAUAUGAGAUUAAAGGGACAUCAUCUCCUCAGAUAUCAUCUUGGUGUUCCUCAAAUAAGGAGCUGGGGAUUUCAGGGAGACGGUCAAUGCAGUCAAUUAGCAAUGAGCAGAAGGCUUCAAAGGUUCUUGGGAUUGUGUUCUUUCUUUUUGUCGUGAUGUGGUGUCCAUUCUUUGUAACCAACGUGAUGUCUGUGAUGUGUAUCAAGAUGUGCGAUGAAGAACUCAUCGAAGAACUCCUCAGCAUAUUUGUCUGGGUGGGAUACCUCUCUUCCGGUAUCAAUCCACUUGUAUAUACACUUUUCAACAAGACCUAUCGAUCAGCUUUCUCGCGAUACAUCCAUUGUCAGUACAAGAAUGAGAAGAAGCCUGCUCAGCAAAUUCUAGUCAGCACAGUACCCACUCUAGCAUCCAGCAAGGACAGACUGCAGCUCUCCAGUACUGAGAGCCUGCGAAACAGCACAGAAAUGAGGACCAGGGCACAUUCCGUUGAAUCACUGGGAGAAAAGCAUCAAGAGACUUCGAAAACUGAAACAGUUUAUAUCACUGAGAAGGUCAGCUAUGUUUGAGUGUGACUUAAGACCCCUUAUGAAAUAGUGCAUUUCUUCUUCAGGAUUGCUAAUGAAACAGGAAGUAACAUGACACAGUUUCAAUUGCUGCUAUAUUGCAAUGUUGGUUAUCAUUUCCCAAAUGUUACACACAGCAGAGCACAGGAAACUUGGCACAGUUGGAUUUUCCAGUUUGGAUUAUGGGUAAAGAAUCAGAAAUAAAUAUAUUUGACUAGUUAUUAUGUUGCGACCCAUUGCAAUUGUUAAGUUAUACUCAAACACCUGUAGAAGGUACUUGGUCUAACCAGUCCAUGCUAUGUUUAUGCUUCACUCAAACCUCCUCCUAUCAUUGAUAAGCCAUCGUAACCCUCUAUGCCCUUCUCCCUCAUAUACUUCCCUUUAUAAGGCCCUUUCCCUUUUUGGUCUUCACUUGAACCACUCCUUGUGGUAGCAAGUGCUAUAUGCUCACCACUCUCUGGAUAGAGGUUUCUUCUGAAUUGCCUAUUGGAUAUCUUGGUGACUAUCUUAUAUUGAUUGCCUCUAGUUAUACUGUUCUCCACAAACAUAAGAAUAUAAGAAAUAGGAGCAGGAGUAGGCCAUUUGUAACAUGGGCCUGUUCCUCAAUUCAGUAAAAUCAUGGCUGAUCUGGUAAUGGCCUUAACUCCACUAUUCUGCCUGGCCAGCAUAACCUUUGAUUCCCUUGUCAAUCAAAGAUCUAACACACAAGAGCAAAUACUUCUUCUGUAUCAUUUCUAUCAACACACUUCAUUUUCUUUUAAACGUGCAUUAGGAUUGGCCACUCCCUUCAUCAAAAUUAUUUUUUCAAAAUUAUCGUCAGCAAUUCUAUUUGGAAAUUAAGUUUAGAAUUUUAUCCUGUUUCUGAACACCUUUAUGCUCAGAACAUCAAUAUUGUCGGCGCCUUCCUGGGAUGCACUUGAUUGGUUAUUUGUCAAACUUCCAGACUGAACUAGAAUCGCGUAUUCUAUAUUUUUCUUUUUGUUAGGAGCCUGCACAAAGUGACAGAAAGAAAACCUUUAGGCACGGAAAAGGUACAAAUGUUGAUAUGUAUAUUUGCUGCCGUUUCAUGGCAGGCCAUCCGUGCAGUUCUAGUUUAUAUGAUAUGGUCAACGUGUGAAUUAUUUAAAACGUUGUGAAUAUGAAGAUUUCUCUUUAUAUCAGUUGUAAUACCAUGGAGAAAUACAUUAUAAGAAAUGGAAGAGUUGUACUACUGCUCAGUUAUCUGAUAAUCAUAGCAGAGAAAGCUAUUACUCUGAGGACCACAGCACCUCUAUAUUUACAAUACAUUUGUGCAAUAAUGUAUCUCUUCAGAAGCCUUUCUGGACUCUUGUUAAAAGGAAACACUUUGAUUUUAGAGCCUUACCAACAAUAUUGAGUCUGGAUUAAAAUUCAGCACCUGUUCAUUUUUAAGUGAAUAAACAAUAUACAAUGGGAACAAGGUAAAGGUUGAUGAAUUAUAUUAGAACUAUAGAAAAGGUUUCUCAAUUGAAUUUACAGCUGUGUUUGAAUAAUUAAAAUAUGAUCAAAUGUUUCAGGGGUUUGCUGUACAUAUAAGCAUUUUCAAAUGUUUUAUUCCUGUGUACAUAAAGGUGAGACUAAGAGACAAAAUGAUUUAUAAUGUUUAAUCUCUGAGAAUCUUUCCCAGGUUUGACUGCAUCUUCUCCUAGAUCCCCAUUUGCUUCUGCAGUUUAAACAGUGGGACCUCUACCAACCUUGAUAGCAACGCAUAGCAGAAUAGUCUAGCAACAUAUUAGCAGAACAAAGUCAUAUAUUUUGAUAUACAUUUAUUUCAUGUCAGCUUCUGUGUUGCUAAGGAAUACCAAAGGCUGUUGGGAUAUAGUAUCAUUGCCACCUUGAAUAAAUGCCUCAAAAGAUCUGUUAUGAAAAUAGUGGGAGCUCCAUUUUCUGAGAUGAACUGUGACUCUGCUGAAUUCUCCUUUUAGCCUUUCAGUGUAAACAUUUCUUUUCCCUUUUCAAGAUCUCUACUUUCUUCCAGAGGCCUCUCUGCAAUAUCCAUUGCAGGGGAGAUGUGUAAUAGGAGCCUAAGUCAUGGAAUUCCUACACUGCAGAAGUGGGCUAUUCAGCCCAAUCAGUCCAUACCAACCCUCUGAAGAGCAUCAGAUCCAGUCCCAACUCCCCCCCCCAUCC